AUGGAAACAAAACGCGAUUUACAUCUACUCUUCUUGAACGAGUUUAAAUUAAAUCAUACCGCAGCUCAAGCUUCAAGAAAUAUUAAUCAGGCAUUCGGAGAUGGAUCUACCAAUGAAAAAAAUGCUCGAUAUUGGUUCCAAAAAUUUCGUUCUGGCAAUUUGAGUAUCGCCAAUGAGCCUCGAGAAAGACCACCGGCCCAUAUUGAUAACAAGAAAUUAAGGACGACUGUGGAAUCCGAUCCACACACAACUAGUCGAACACUUGGGUCUAAACUAGGAACAGCUGUGUUAAAACAUUUGCGUGCAAUAAAUAAAGUAAAAAAAUUGGACUCAUAUGUGCCGUACGAAUUGACGCAAUUGCAGAUGAUCAAGCGCAAAAGCAAGUGCGCAUCUUUAUUGCUUCGCAAUACACGAUUGCCAUUUUUACACCAAAUCAUCACUUGUGAUGAAAAGUGGAUUUUGUAUGAUAACCGAAAACGAUCAAGCCAAUGGGUAGAUAAGAAUACACCCCCAGGACACAUCCUGAAACCGAAAUUUCAUAAAAAAAAAAUUAUGGUCACCAUAUGGUGGAAUGCCCAAGGAGUGAUUCAUUAUUCCUUUCUACAACCAGGCGAAACUAUAACAGCGAUGUCUUAUUGA